AUGGCGGAGGCUCACUCUGCCGUUGGAUUCCAAUUUACCGUCACUCCGGAUGGAAUCGACGUCGACUUCAAUCGCAACGCCUUCAAGGCCGUUGUCCAGUCCGGUGGCCGUUCCUGGCGCAAACGUCUGGUUCGAUUUGUCAACCGAUUCGGUUCUGGCGUCUACCCUGCGCGGUUGGAAACCAUUGCCGGCGCAGUAGUGGCGUUUAUCAUCGUCGACAAGACUACGGAUCUUGACCUCGAUCGGGGAGCAAUCAAGGCGAUUGAGAGUGUCCUGCCUUCUGUUUUUAAUAUCGGUGGAAAGUACUUCACAGCUUCGUGUGUUUUUGCUGGUGGAGUUUUUACGAUUCUCAUCUAUGUUGUCAGGUACAUCCUCAAAGGUUGUUUUUCAUACCACGGUUGGAUGUUCGAAGGGCGCGGAAAGAAAUCAAUUACAACAAGAAUCUGGGGCAUCUUGGUCACGAUCUUCAAGGGCCGUAAUCCCCUUCUUUAUUCUUACCAAGGGUCUCUUCCAAAACUCCCUGUUCCAGCAAUCAAGGACACGCUCAACCGAUACCUUCGAUCUGUUCGGCCACUUUUGACCGAUGAAGAAUACGAAGACAUGGCCUUGCUUGCUGAAGAGUUCCAAAUGGAAUCGCCAACCGUCUUCAGCGAUACCUUGUCGCCAAGUCCUGGUGGGCCUCGAAUUAUGUCUCUGAUUGAUGCUAUCAUGGUCAAUUCUAAUUUCUACGCCAUGGAUUUGGCUCUCUGCAGACCAACGGACAGGCAAACCGCACGAGCUGCUACACUCAUCCAAGCUUGUUUCCGAUGGCGCUCACAACUGGAUAAAGAACGAGUCAAGCCUCUGAUGGCCGGAAACAUGGUUCCACUUUGUUCUUACCAGUACGAGCGAACAUUCAACACCACCCGAAUUCCCGGUAUCGACAAGGAUAAAAUUGUGAAGCUCGAGGACUCUCGACACGUAGCUGUUUACCACAAAGGUCGAUGGUUUAAGGUCUAUUGCUACUACGCAGGACGACUUUUGACUACUUCUGAAAUAGAACAUCAGCUUGAUUUGAUUUUGAAGGAUGACACUCCUCCUGCUCGAGGAGAGGAAGAUUUGGCAUGUCUUACCGCUGGAAAACGGGUUCCCUGGGCUCAAGCACGACAAACACAUUUUUCGUAUGGUGUCAACGCCAAGAGUCUCAAAGCAAUUGAAUCAUCCGCAUUCUGUGUUUGUCUGGAUGAAGGCACUCCUAAAAUUGAUCUUCAAGAUAAAGCCGCUCUUUCAAGCUAUGCGAAGGAUCUUCUUCAUGGAAAAACUAACGAUCGAUGGUUCGAUAAGACCUUUACACUUGUCGUUUUCAAGAACGGUAUCUACGGUGCCAAUGUUGAGCACUCGUGGGCUGAUGCGCCGAUCUUCGGACAUCUGUGCGAGGAAAUGUUUUAUCAUGAGUUCGCUCGACGACGAUACAAAGAAGACGGUACUUGCGACGCCGAUCGCGCUCAUCUCCCAUUCAAGCCCGAAAAACUCACCUGGGAAAUCGACGAAGAUUGCUACGAAAUCAUUCAGAAACAAAAGAUCCAAGCUCAAGGAAUUGCUGAUGACGUUGACAUGCACAUUCAUCCAUUCGGAAAAUACCACGGCGCACCUGGAACCUUUGGCAAGCGCCUGAUCAAAUCCUGUGGCGUUUCUCCAGACGCGUUUGUUCAACUUGCCCUCCAACUGGCUAAUUACCGUGAUCAAGGAAAAUUCUCUCUUACUUAUGAAGCUUCAAUGACUCGACUUUACCGCGAAGGACGAACUGAAACCGUCAGAAGUUGCACCAACGAGACGUCUGCUUUUGUAAAGGCCAUGGAAGAAGGAGCUGACAAGGAAACUCUCAGAGGACUUGCCCGAGCCGCCGCUAAGUACCACGUCAGCCUCUACCAGGCCGCGAUGACGGGUAAGGGAGUCGACCGACACUUAUUCACGCUCUACGUGGUAUCUCGGUAUCUCGGCCUGGAGUCGAAGUUUUUGGACACCGCGCUUACCCAGAAAUGGCGACUCUCUACGUCACAGACGCCUCACUCCCAGGCUAAUCUGAUUGACUUCAAGAAGCACCCGGAUAUGCUCUCAACUGGUGGCGGAUUUGGUCCAGUUUCUGAUGAUGGCUACGGUGUUUCCUACAUUAUUUGUGACGAGGAUCUUAUUAUGUUCCAUAUUUCUUCUAAGCACUCUUGUGCCCAUACCAACAGUGCUCGUUUCGGUGCUAACAUAGAAAAAGCCAUGCUAGAUGUUGCCGCAGUCUUUGCCGACAAAUAA